AUGAAGUUCUUUUCCACUACACUUUGGCCCCUGGCCUUCCAGCUAUUUCUCGGCCUCGAGGCCAAUGCUAAGCCUGGCUUUGUCGGCGGUGUGAGCAGAGACUCGUCGCAGUAUACUAUUCUCACACACGAUGAGUACCCUACAUACUCGGUAAGAAUCCGAGAGCAGCACGACGAUGUAUGUGAAGCGCAUUCGCGUCAAUACACCGGAUGGCUAGAUUUUGAAGGGAAACAUAUGUUCUUCUGGUACUUCGACAGCCAGAAUGAUCCGGUGAAUGAUCCAUUAACCUUAUGGUUGACCGGAGGACCUGGAGUCAGUAGCAUGAUCGCAGGGUUGUUCCUCGAACUCGGGCCUUGUCGCAUCAAGGAAAAUGGCACCGGUGUCGACUACCACCCAUAUGCAUGGACAAAGAACACUUCUAUGAUCUUCAUUGAUCAGCCUACCGGCACUGGUUUCUCCUACGCAGACGACGGUGUUGAGCUACCAUCGGACUCGUUCAUGUCUGCCGAGGAUCUUUAUAUCUUUCUGUAUACCUUUCUCACCAAGGUAUUCCCGGAGAAGAUGGAGGUCCCUUUCCACAUCUCGGGAGAAAGCUAUGGGGGUCAUUAUAUACCAGCCCUCUCUGCUGAAAUCCUCAAGCAAAACAAGAUACACCCCCACCGACCACAGAUACCUCUGCAGUCCGUAUUGAUCGGCAAUGGCUUUGUGUCACCGAUGGACACUACGUUUGGUUAUUACGAGACUCUAUGCACCACGAAGCCCGGCGUUGAAGCACCUGUAUUCAACGAAACAAGGUGUACCAUUAUUGCCGAGACGUUGCCGCGCUGCCUCUAUGUCCACGAGGCGUGCUACAAAUACCCCGACGAGAAGUUGUGCAAGGCUGCAGAUGAGAUAUGCAUCAGUAUCCGCGACCUCUAUGACCAGGAGGCAGGGGCUGGAUCAAGGGAUCCAUACGACAUUACAAGAAAAUGUGAAGUCGAGCAUCUGUGUUACGAUGGCGCCGUCGAAGUGGAAACCUAUCUCAACCAGCCUCAUAUUCUCGAGAGCCUGGGGAUACCCGAUGUUCUGGGCAACUUCAGCAUCGAAUCUCCCCAGAUUGUGGACAACUUCAAAAAGGGCAAUGACCUCUAUGCCAACACCAUGGAACAGGUCAAAUACACCUUGGAGAACGGUGUCGACGUGUUGAUCUACAAUGGGAAUCUGGAUCUGGCAUGCAACACUGCUGGGAAUCUGCGAUGGACAAAUGCAUUGUCGUGGAACGGACAGGCACCUUUUAGCGCUCAGGACCUCAAGCCUUGGUACACCGCCGAUGAAAAAGGCAACAAGGCCCAAGCAGGCUCGUUCAAGGAGGUGCUUGCCUACGCUACCCCAGAAGCAUCGACCAAGAGACGGUUUGCAUUUGUGACAGUAGACAAAUCUGGUCAUAUGGUUCCUCUGCAACAACCAGCGGUCAGUUUGGAGUUGUAUAAUCGCUGGAUCUUUGGGAAGCCGAUUGACCUGUAG